AUGACAUUUGAAAACUUAACAGACUUGCAAAUUGCAGCAUACGAAAGUCAAACACGACCAUUAGCACAUGACGAUAUUUCCUUCAUACCUCAGCAGUUGCCGUUUGAGGUUGGGAUGGCGGCAGUUACUCCCUCCGUAACUGGCUCGCUCUCGAGUGGGAAUCAUGGCUCGCUGUCCGACGGCUUAUCACAAGAGCAGUUGGCUUUUUGGGACAAGAAUGGAUACCUAAUCAUCCCCGGUGCGUUAUCCGGGGAGACUGUCCAUGAGCUUCUUUCCGAGACACAGGAAAUGCUAGAUGAGUUUAGCACAACCGGACUCAAAGAUCAUCCCGGCACGAAGUUCUCCACUGGCGAAGGCGACGCCGACCAUGUGGGCGACGACUACUUUCUAACCAGCGGUGACAAGAUCCGGUUCUUCUUCGAAGAGGACGCUUUCUCCCCGUCGGGCGAACUGCUCGGCCCCGUCCCGGCGUCGAUCAACAAGAUCGGCCAUGCGCUCCACGUCCUCUCAGAGCCCUUCCGCCGUAUCACGCUGUCGCCCGAAAAUGCGGCGAUUGCGAAAAGUCUGUCGUUUCGCGACCCGCGGUGCCUCCAGAGUAUGGUGAUCUGCAAACAGCCGCGUAUCGGCGGCGCCGUCCCCCCGCACCAGGACUCGACCUUUUUGUACACCGACCCUCCCAGCGCGGUUGGGUUUUGGUAUGCGCUGGAGGAUGCCGUCGCUGGGAACGGGUGCUUGAGCUUUGCCAGCGGUAGCCACAAGCGGGCGGCGGUGGAGAAGCGAUUCGUGCGGAUGGGGGAGGUCGAGGAAGGGAAGGCGGGGACGGGGUUUACGGCGAACGAGGGUGAGAGGUUCCCGGAAGGGCUUGGGUUGGACAGCAAUGCCGCUGUUGGAAGCACCGAAGAGUACACGGUGGGGGAGGUGAAAGCGGGCACCUUGGUGCUGAUCCAUGGGAACCUCCUGCACAAGAGCGAGAGGAAUACGAGCGCAAAAAGCCGGUUCAUCUACACGUUCCACCUCAUCGAGGGUCAAAACGACUACGACAAGUGCAACUGGCUUCAGCCAGACGAGAAGGGCUUCGAGCGGAUAUUCAGAUCGUAA